UGUUCUAUUUCUCCAUCUCGAGCUCUCGAAGCAGCGGCGGCAGCGAAGCGAAGGGGAGGAGAAAGGAGAGGAGAAGGAGAGCCAUGGCGUUGCAGCGAGAGAGCUUCGUCUACAUCGCCAAGCUCGCAGAGCAGGCUGAGCGAUACGAUGAGAUGGUGGAUUCGAUGAAGAAGGUGGCGAAGUUGGAUGUGGAGUUGACUGUGGAGGAGCGGAACCUUCUCUCCGUUGGGUAUAAGAACGUGAUCGGAGCGCGGCGGGCGUCGUGGCGGAUCCUUUCCUCUAUCGAGCAGAAAGAGGAGGCGAAGGGAAAUGAGAACCAUGUCCGGAGGAUCCGGGAGUAUCGCCAGAAGGUGGAGUUGGAGCUCUCGAACAUCUGUAGUGAUAUUAUGACGGUGAUCGAUGAGCACCUCAUCCCUUCGUCGACGGCCGGCGAGUCCUCGGUGUUUUAUUAUAAGAUGAAAGGGGAUUAUUAUCGGUACCUGGCGGAAUUCAAGAGCGGGGCUGAGAGGAAGGAAGUUGCGGAUCAGUCUCUCAAGGCUUAUGAGACAGCUUCCAGUACAGCUGAAGCAGAUCUGUCUCCAACCCACCCAAUUCGCUUGGGUUUGGCAUUAAAUUUCUCUGUAUUUUAUUAUGAGAUCAUGAACUCACCUGAAAGAGCUUGCCACCUUGCCAAACAAGCUUUUGAUGAAGCCAUUUCAGAGCUUGAUACUCUUAGUGAAGAAUCUUACAAGGAUAGCACUCUGAUCAUGCAACUUUUAAGGGACAAUCUUACCUUAUGGACAUCUGAUAUCGUUGAUGAUGCAGAAGAUGGCACAAAGGAUGGUGUGGGAAGGGCUGGUGUGGGGGAAGAUGCCGAGUGAAGAAAGUCAUCAGGAAGCUGAGCUGGAUUUUGAGGGGGAGGAUGGGAUUCUUGGAGACAACUCUCAGUUGGUUUUAUUUGUCUGGCUUGUUAGAGUUUUCAGUAUCCUUCAUUCUUAUGACUUCAAUUAUUAUCGGACCAAGUCCCAUCUGGGACGUUAAUCUACUCUCUUCUGCAAUGUAGUAUCCGGUAUGAUUUAUAACACCAGGGAAGAAAUAUUUUCUGAUGAGUUGAUAGAAA